CCAUUUUACAGUAGGUGUCAGUUCCUGUUCCCUUAAAAACAAUCACUGAAAGUCCUGUGAGAGACUGACAUCCACCUGGAAAAGCCGGGGUCAAACAGGAUUCUGUGAUUGCUUCUUUCUCAAUGAAUUACUAAAAUCGGCACGCAGCAUGAAAAGCUGGAGCAGGAAAUUCAAGAGACAAGAGCCUGAGAGUGUGGUCGGGUCCUCCUCCAGCAAGAGGAACUCCAUUAGUGAUCCACCAGUGCCUGUGUGGGUUACUCACACACCCACACCAGAUAAUAUCACGGAUGAUGAUGAAAACUCCACAGGCCGCACAUCCAGCACUCCACCAUACGCAGAAAGGGAGGAUGCUGACAAAAAAGGGAGCAUGAAAGACAGACUGAAAUCCCUCAUCCCUCAAUCAUGGGGGGGCAUCAUCCAUAAAUGGACAAGGGAGAGUGACAGCUUUAAUGACUCUGAACCCAGCACCACUAGGAUCCAGAUCCUUCCCAAUGGGACCAGGGUGAGCCCUCCUGUAAGUCCCCUGAUUGAGCGCAAGAGUUUGGGAGACUCACUGAGCAACUCCACACAGAGCUCCCAUAAGCCUUUGUUAAGGGACAGCCCCACUGAUGAGUUGUUUCGUCGAGGCCCAGGAGAGGAAUCUCUACUCUCCAGCAUCCACCCUGCAGAGUACUACGCUGAGAAGCUGGAGGUCUAUAAUCAGAAGUACUCUUAUUUGAAAUCCUGGCCAGGCCUGCUCAGACUGCUUGCCGGACUUGAGCUCCUGUUUGGGGGCAUGGUCCUUGCCUGUGUCAUUGCCUACAUCCAGAAAGACAGUGAGUGGUCCAACAGCUACGGACUCUAUAACGGUGCGUACAACAAUGGGCUUGGUGUGUCAGGAUACAGCUACAGGGGUCCCAUGACUCCCUUCAUUCUGGCUGUGGCUGGAGUCUCCUGGAUCAUUACCUUCUGUCUCCUGGUGAUAGGAAUGACUAUGUAUUAUCGCACCAUCCUCCUCGACUCCCCCUGGUGGCCCCUGACGGAGGCCUUCAUUAACGUGGCGCUGUUCCUGCUCUUCAUGGCAGCAGGGAUAGUGUACCUGAAUGACUUGAACCGUGGGGGGCUGUGCUACACGACAAUAGGCAUUAACCCCAUCUUGGCCAACCUGUGUCGCGUCGAUGGGGGCCAGAUGGCGGGAACGGCUUUCAUCUUCAUCAACAUGACGAUGUAUCUCGGAAGCUUCCUGGUAUGUCUGAAGAUGUGGAGGCAUGAGGCCGCACGGAGGGAGAGGGAGUACUUUGAGAACAAGCCUCAGGAGGAGUUCCACCAGUCCAUCCCACUCGCCCCCCGCAAAAACAAACGCAUAUCCUUCAUGGAUGAGAUGGACAAAUCUCGGAGUAAAGAUUACAUCAGGCCACAUGCACUCGUCCCUGAGAACCCAGUCAGUGUGAGGAGAGACACGGCAUCUGAAUACAUUCCCAAAGCUCACAUCGUCCCGGACUACAUCAAGAAGUAUCCAGAGAUCGGAUGUGUGGAAGAACGAGAAAAGUACAAAGCUGUUUUCAACGACCAGUAUCAGGAAUACAAAGACCUUCACCGAGACAUCAGCACCACCCUCAAUAAGUUCAGGGAGCUGGACGCCAUGAUGGCACGACUCGUCAGAGAUGGAAAAAGCCAGGUGGUGAGAUGGGAUCAUCAGAGGAUUCAAAGCAUAUUGAAGACGUAUCAGCAGAAAAAGAGUGCGCCUGGCUUUCUGGAGAAAAAGGAACGCUGCGACUACUUGAAGGCCAAAUUAAGCCACAUCAAAAACAGAAUCCGAACAUUUGACCUGGAGACCGUGGCAAAUAGUCAGACAUGAAGACCACACAGAAACAUCUGAGCAGUCAGAACAAAUCAGCUGUUGCCUUUGUUGAUUCAGUGUAAACUUUAAAAUGUUAACUCUGCCAAUGAUUGUAUUUUUUCCCUUUUUUUUACGAAAA